AUGUCCUCUGAGCACUCCAAGAGUAGGAGCAGCAGCAGCAGCAAAAAAGACGCUGCGGAUAAGUAUGGUACUGUGCAGCCGCUUGCUUUGGCGGGAUAUACACAUCUGCGGCGUAUCUCCAGCAGCAACACGCAUGAGACGUUGGUAGCCCAAUCUCUACAUACAAAGGAACUUGCGCAUAUACGCGUGUUUGCAUUAGGGCGUUUGCGUAAAAACCCGCAACUUCGCGACUCUUUGGAGCGAUGGGCUCUCGUGGGGCGAACAGCGCGACACCCAAAUAUUGUGAAGGGGAUGUCUUCAUUUGUGAGUGCAUCCGAUCUUUUUCUUGUGGAGGAGCACUGCAUGGGUGGGGAAUUAUUUUCUGUUCUCGACGCCUAUUACCGCAGUGGAGCCACAAUACAAACGGAAAUGUUUCCAUGCAUUUCAUUAGAAUUUGUGCGGUGUGUAAUGCGGGAUGUCAUGAGUGCUGUAGAGUAUCUUCACACUACUUGCGGUGUGGUUCAUCGCGGUAUUAAACUCGAAAGUAUUUUUCUCGAUGCCAACAAUCGUGCCAAGUUGGGCCGAUUUGGUAUGUGUGCGGCUAUUCCAAACCGUGAGAGUAAUGACGGGAUGCUGCAGUUGUGCGUGGCCUCCAAACACUACGCCGCACCGGAGUUGGUGAUGGGUCAUCUAUACAAGGGGGAAUUAAUAGAUGUUUGGGCGGCGGGUGUUGUGCUAUUCGUGAUGUUGACAGGCCGGUUUCCAUUUACACAGGAAGAAGGAGAUGAGAAGAUGUUAUUUGAGCGUAUUUGCACGGCAGAUGAGGUGUUGUUGACACAUCCUGCACUUGCCGCAGUGUCAGAUCCUCUAGCGGUUGAUUUAGUGCGUAAUAUGUUGCGUGUGAAUCCACAGUGUAGACUUACAGUGAACGAAGUACUGCAACAUCCAUUUCUUUCUAUACCAUAG